AUUUCUAUGGAGCCAAAUACGCAUGUGAUAAUCGUCACUGUUUCCUUUCGUUUUCAUACGGAAACCCUCCUUGUCUUUCAAAUCAGAAUAGAUAAGAAUCUACUAAACAAUGUUCUUUUUAAAGCCUUGCCAUGUUUUUCACUGACUUCCGCCCAGCAAUCGCCCUUUAUCGACUCCUGGUUUUCUGUUGAAUGAACACAACGUCGCUCCAGAUCCGUAAACACGCCGACGUCCCAUGCCGGGUUUUUACGACAACAUUUUUUUUUAAUCCACCUCCACUUUAUUGCAUUGGGGGAAAAACCAACCGAUAUGCAGCUGAUGGUCCGAGGAGCGGCUAUAAACCAAGACUGACGGCAGGCUGCGGUACUCUGUAACAGCGUGAUUUUUUCCCAUAGGAGGGUAAAGGGAUGGAGGAUUUUAAACUGACUUUGGGAUUUUUUUGACUGAACAGGAAAAUACCGUUAAUUGCUGUUUUUUGGAUUUGGUUAUACCUGGGGGGAUUUAUUAUUAUUAUUUUUUAUAUUCAAGAUGCCAUUCGCAAAAAGGAUCGUGGAGCCUCAGUUGCUGUGCAGGCACCCUAUCCCUAAUGAUGACGGCUUGAUUUUCGAGGAUCUGAGCUACAUCAGCAGCGUAGCGCUUUCGCGGACCUUGAGGCAGCUCUCGGACCUGGCCAGGCAGGCGUGCUCCCUCUUCCAGGAGCUGGAGACCGAGAUAAUAUCCACGAACCAGAGAGUUUGGGUCCUGCAAAACAAAAUCGCACGAAUCCAGCAAACAGCGAACGGACUGGACCCCAAACAAGAGGCAGUGCCUGUGUCCAAUCUAGAUGUGGAGAGCAAGCUCACAGUUCACUACCAGGCCCCGAGGCACCUGCAGCGCAACGUGUUACACGCAUCCGGCCGGCCGCCAUGCGUGCAGGAGCUGCACAGGAACGCCAGGCUGCUGCUGAGGGCUCUCCAUCGAGAUCAACAGCUACAUCAGAGGGCCGGGAACCAAGAGCGAAGGGUGACCAUAUCCAUCUCAGUACCCCCCCCGAUGCCCAGCAUCCCCUCGCCGCGCACCCUGAGGCGGCGGGAGCAGAGGGGCAGGCACCUCCGCACGGGGAGACCAGGGAGAGAUUUUGAAUAUCAGCACGUUCUGAGGAAGGAGAGACCAGUGAGAGAGUCAGAAAUUCAGCCAGCACAGAGGAAGGAGAAACCCAUAAGUGAAUUUCAGCCAGUGCAGAAGGCUGACCCACCUACAGAUCCUGCUGUUGACAUGGUGGCUCUCAAUCACAGGCCUAGGUGUCCGGUGCCCAACAUUCCCUCCACACUGGACAAGCAGACCAACUGGUCCAGAGCUCUUCCUCUUCCCACCCCAGACGAGAGGAUGAAGACUGACUCUCAAGUCAUCUCCUCGUACAUUGUUCCCAUUAACAUCUCUGGGCUCGGAUUUGACAGAGAGGCCAGUGUCCGCUGCUCGCUUGUUCAUUCUCAGUCGGUACUUCAAAGGCGACGAAAGCUGAGAAGACGGAAAACCAUAUCUGGCAUCCCUAGACGAGUGCAACAAGAAGACUCUGACGAGUCUCCGGUAGCAAGAGAACGGACUGCGAUCGUACACAAUAACCCUGACAUCUCAUUGUGCCGUGAAGAGCUCUCCGUCACCGGCCGCCUCAAUACGAAGGACUCAGGCUGCCAGACAGACGAUUUCUUAAUUGCUGCACCUUCACGGAGGCGGAUUCGUGCCCAGAGGGGCCAGGGCAUCCCUACCUCCCUCUCCCAUUCCACUGGGAAUAUCACCUCCCUGCCGGACGGCUCUGACAGCAUGUUUACAGCCACUAUGGGGAGCCGCCUGCGUUCUCGCAGCCUGCCUCGGGAGGGUGGCCGCCUCGUGGAUGAAAACCAUGAUGACAGCGAUGAUGAAGAGCUCUCUCCUUAUGAAACCGAGGAAUUUCUGCCAGGGCCCAGAGAAAGGAUUUUGAAGGAUGAAGAAGAAAGCAUUGAGGACCAGGUCAUGCCAGAACAUCAGUUGGUCAGCCUAAAUUACAACCAACACAGGGGAAGCCCGGAGCACACGUGGGUCGAGAGGGGUAGAUCACGACUUCCACGUAAAUUUGACAUGGGGAGUUGUGAGAUUUCUUCAAGCUCAGACACCUUCAGCAGUCCUAUUCACUCCAUCUCUACAACUGGAGUGCUAGGCAGCCAGAUAGACCACAAGGAGGACCACCAGUCCUCCAGUGGUAACUGGAGUGGAAGCAGCUCCACCUGUCCUUCCCAGACAUCCGAGACCAUCCCCCCUGCUGCAUCACCUCCCCUGACUGGAUCUUCACACUGUGAUUCAGAGCUGUCACUCAACACAGCUCCUAAUGCCAAUGAUGACCCCACUGGCUUUACAAUUGACCCUUACCAACUAGACCGGCCACAGCUUAGAGGCUACAGGGCCAGUUCCUUUACCUCCACAGCAACUGAACUGUUGGAUGACCCAAGCACCAGCACUGCUAGUGAUUGUGAGUGGAACUACCCACAUCUUCAGUACGAUAAGUCUAGUCGGUUGGAUUUCAGUCCCCCUCGCUCCAGGGAGGAACAGGGCAGCUUGGAUUGUCCUAGUUUCACAAGUAUGGCUACUUAUGAGAGUUUCGUGGACAAACCACCAACAGAAAAGGCAGACUCCAGUUCGCACUACUCCAUAGACACAGAAGGCUGUUAUACCUCCAUGCACUUUGACUGUGGUCUUCAAGGUAACAGGAGCUAUAUUCAUAACUAUGCAGCUAUGGGUUCUGAAUGUGGCCGAGGCAUAACUGUUGCAUCUAGCAUGGACAAAUACUGUCAGCCAGAGUACAGCGGUCACAGAACUUUAGGAAGGCGCUGUCUUUCCUUAAAAAAACCAAAGGUGAAGCCAUCCCCACCAAAACGUAGUUCGUCACUGAAGGAAAUAAGCUGUAGUGCGAAUGCUCCUGACACAAAUGAACCAAAGAUAAACAGCGGACAGCAUCUGCCAUUGUCUUCCAGGGAAAUGAAGCUGCAGCUAGACUUGACUAGCUCUCCAGGUCAGUCAGAGAACCCAAUGGUAAGCGAGCCAGCAGUAACUUGGGCUAUGGAGAACUCUGGCGAGAUGGCUGACUGUACUCUGUUCAGCGCUGCGGACACGCACUCUUUUAAGGAUGAGGGUGCUGUACAGUCUGACUAUGCAGAUCUCUGGCUCCUCAAUGACUUGAAAUCCAGCGAUCCCUACCGAUCAUUAUCCAACUCCAGCAGUGCUACGGGUACAACUGUCAUUGAAUGCGUCAAGUCAGUGGAGAGCUCAGAGUCGCAGAACUCUCAGUCAGAAUCCAGAGCCACCACACCUUCUCUUCCUUCUGUAGAAAAUGAGUUCAAGCUUGCCUCCCCGGAAAAGCUAGCAGGCUUGGCAUCACCCUCCAGUGGGUACUCCAGCCAGUCAGAAACACCAACAUCCUCCUUUCCUUCAGCUUUCUUUCCUGGGCCCUUAUCCCCAACCACUGGCAAGAGGAAACCCAAAGUCCCAGAGAGAAAGUCCUCCCUUUGUUCCCUGCACCAACAGUUCUCCUCCCGAGAGGGAAGCACCUCCUCCAGAAGAGACCUUGAGCUGCCACUCAUACCUCCAACCCAUCUCGACCUAAGUGCUCUUCACAAUGUUCCCAGCAAAUCCUUAGCUCACAGAAACCAGAUCCACAUUCUUCACCAGAACAAACAAAAGGCAGCGGCGGCGGCGGCGGCGGCAGCGGCGGCAGCAGCUGAGGCACGGGCAGCAGGCGCAUGGAUCGCUGAGAUGAGAGCAGCACAAGUAGCACAGGCUGGUAUUAAUAACUCUGAAGUCCCCAGCUCAGCUUCUGUGGCUGUCACUCCUAUUGAACUUCAUUCUAUCCAGCUACGAUCCAUCAUCAAGUCCAGUGAACAAUCCCUGGACCAAAUGAAUCCUAAUACAGCUACCUGGCCCAAGUGUCCAACAGCAGUCACCCAAGUCUCCCACCAGACUCCAGAAUCCAGCAAACUUGCAGUUGUUAAAUUGAAUGAUCCCUCUUCUCAGGAGUACUGCCAAACACUGUUUACCCCAGAUGAUGAACCCACUAUAAGGGAUGUAGCAUAUCAUGAAAGUAUGGGACACAAGCAAGACAGAAAUGUCCCGGGACCGUUCUGGGCUAUGACACCGUUUAGAAUCCCUUCUGAUACAGUUUUCAGAGAGCAUGAAUCCACGCUGGUACCAAGGUUCCAACCCAGGAUUCACAAGCCUACAGUGUCUUGGAGAGGCACAGACCAUGCAGGGAUGUCUGAGGGUGCAGCAUGCCUCCAGGAAGUUGAAGAACAAGAGGGAAAUGCUUUAAGCACUUACUUUCCUGGUGACUCAUCAGAGAAGGAGCAGAAUGAACCUCCAAGCCCAGACUGGGCCCUUGAAUUUACCUCUUUGUAUCCAACAAAUGCAGGUUCUUCCCCAGCUAAAAACAAGAUAGCAAGGAAGUACAACUCUGGUGCAUGCAACAGUCCUGACAAAGUGCCUGUAAUUACUUAUCAAUCAGAAACACAGCAAGCUCACACAAUCAACGAAACAAUUAGCAGGGAAGAGGAAUAUGAGACAUCAGGUAUUCCGACCAAAAGUGCCUCACUGGACAACACAGAAGAGGGAUCAACACCAGACACAGAAGAUUACUUCAGUAAAGAAUCUACACCAAGUGACAACUCUGGGUCCCCGCUGACUGAUGAAGUGAAAGCUGAAGAUGACCCUGUUUUCUUGUCACCCAAUAAAGUACGCACAACCGAGGAUCUGUUUGCUAUGAUCCACAGAUCCAAAAGGAAAGUGCUGGGCAGAAAAGAUUCUGGAGAGCUAAACCUGAAGAACCGUGUAGGUGCUUCCUCGGGGGGUAGCCCAGCGAGCUGUCCAGGUAACGUGGUGUCUCCUGGAAGCCCAGCUGGUCCACAGCGAGCGUCGGGGCCCAUAUAUCGGAGUGCCAAGAAGUCCAACACCUCUAGCGAAGAGUUCAAGCUGCUGCUCCUGAAGAAGGGCAGCCGUUCGGACUCCAGCUAUCGCAUGUCAGCUGCAGAGAUCCUGAAGAGCCCCAUCGCGCCCAAGUCCUUGGGAGACCUCAGUGCCGACGCCGCACAGUCACCGGAGGAGCUCCCCACCCCCCAGCAGUCACCACUGGGGUCCGAGCAGCCCCCCGGUCUUUCCCCCACGACCACCCCAGAGGGCUUCUACCCAAAAACAUUCCCGGGGCCGGCCUCCUCUCGGCAAGGCCGCUCAAGGGUCCCGCCGGCCGCCAGCAGCAGCCGCUAUAGUGUGCGCAGCCGGCUAUACACCACGCCGAUGCAGGCCAUAUCGGAAGGAGAGACGGAGAACUCCGAUGGCAGCCCUCACGAUGACCGCUCCUCACAAGGUUCCUCCUAAACACGCGACCUCCGAAGGAAGAAAAGCAGAAGAAAGAUACAGAUAAAAAUCAAUACAUCACUUGAUCUCGAUUAGCAUCAUGAUGUGUAUUUCAUAUGAAAGAUACCACAUCUUGUAUUGAGUUUGUAUGCUUUUUCAGUAAAUGGAAAAUGGUACGUGAAAAAUGACUGAAACAAAAAAAAGACGUUAAACCGAAAGGGGGAACGGACAGCUUGUCUUCCUAUGAGCUGUAGUAAGGUGGAAAAAGUACAAUUAACAUUCGAGGAAGUCUGAUUUAGGAAAAAACUACAUUUAUCGCUUUUUUUUGCUUCUCCGAAAAUUUGUCAUGUUUUAACUAUCAGAACACAUUAGAAAUCAAAAUCAUAUCAAACAUUUUUCAGUGACUUGUAUAUGCUAUGUAUUUUAGACAAUAUUCCAUGUCUUAAAGGUCCACAAUAUAUGAACACAAAGUUGUGUGGUUGCAUAAAAAAAAAUUCAGGUCCAUUGUUAUGCAUUUAGACAAAACAAACACAAACAUCGUCUGGGGAGUGUGCAUUCUGAAGCAGGUGUUCAUGGGACAAUCUUAUCUGUGGCCUUUCUACAUAAGGAGGUUCUAGUAUGAGUGAAAUUAUGAAGACACACACACGUAGUAUCAUCACUGAAGACCAAGGUACCUCCAUUAUAAAAGGCUCCUUAACAUCGGUUUUGUACUUGAUCAGAGACAGCCCUCAUCAUCCCCAAGGUUACCUCUAGGUGAGAUAAAUUUAUAUAGAUGUAUGAAGAUUAAUACUCCCAUCCAUCCAUAAAUUACUACAUUUCCAUAAACUGCACAUACAUUGCAUACACACACACACACACACAGAUAUAUAUAUAUAUAUAAUGUAUUAACUGACAUGAGCUGAAAAGGAACCUGAAGAGAGCUGUCCCUGGUUCAUGGGUACAUGAGGCGCAGCCUAUCAUUGCUUGACCAGACACUGCUGUCUCACUGCUAAUCACUCGGCCUAUUUACUGUUAAUGUUUGUAACCUAAGGUGCAUCACAGCUGAGUAUAAUAAAAAAAGCGACCGGCUUUCCAUUUUUUCAGGUACAUUUUACACUAGAAUUUACAUUCUCCAGACAAUAUUGCAAAUUUAUUUUAAUGAUUAAGCAAUAUGAAUGCUUGGGAGAAAUCACAGAAAAAAAAGAUAGAAAAUCCCUGGUGUAUUCUGUGAAUACCAUAGGAAUUAGACUCUCUUCUUUGAGACCUGGGAGGUACUGACUUUCAGGUGAACAGUUUUCAGAAAAUGAUAAACAUUCAGAGAACACAAACUCAUUUGUGAAACAGACACAGCUGGCAUAGGAGGAAUGCUGAGGACCCAAGCUGGAUUUCACACCAGUGGCGUGCAGUGGCGUGCAGUGACCCAGACAGGGUGAAAAGUGCUCGGGCUCCAUUUUGUUUUUUAAAAGAGCCUUUUCCCUUUUCCUCAGUGGCGCGCAAUACAAAAACAACACUGUGGGUGUUGAGGCAUGAGGCAACGUGACCAUAUCUCGUUUUCAUAUGACUUGAAUUUCUAAUCCUGGUGUCUUUCAAUAAUUGUACAACAUUUUUAAUACUAACCAUAUUUUUCCAAUUUCUAAAUUACCUGGAAAAAAAAUCUUUUUCUAAUACUUGAUGAAAGGGGGGAACGGGGUUUUCAAAAUUAGGUGUAGCGUAGAAAUGCAGAAGUGAUGCUCAUUGUAGGUGAAGUUGAAAGAAGAGUGAAUGAUAUACAAGAUUAUCGCUAAGCUACAUUUAAGCUGAUUUUAAAUAAAGGGGAAUUAUGACAAAGUGCAGCAAAGGGAAGUGAGAGCUGUUUUUACAUCAGCAUUAGCUCAAUGCGUCUCUGCUCUCCGCAUCUCCACGGUAACACCAUCCUUCAGGACUCUAGCUCGGCAGAAAUCUGAGCACAGCGUCUGAUACACUGAUUUUCAUAUGACUCAUGGCGCCCACUGUUGGACUGCAACAUGAGUUACAUUCGUCUUGGCUGUGUUUACAUGUUUGUUUCUCACACAUGGCUGUAGUUUUGAGGUUCAAAAAGUAGAAAAAAUUCAGCAUUUCCUAGAGAAAGGAAGAGCACAACUUUAAGUAUGGAGGUAUCGCUUAAUUGAACAGGUGCUGUUUAUUGAAACCUGUUUUUUCAGUUGAGAUGUUGCAUGUAAUGUUUUUACAUGGAACAAGUUCCAUUUUUUAGUUUUAUUAAAAUAGAAAAUUAUACAUAAGACUCCUCUAUCCCUCUGUUUGAUUUUGUGUUCAGAAUGCAUUGAGCUGUUUCAUACAUCUGACUAAAAUAUUUAGAUGUAGCAACAACUAUAACAAUUAGCAUAUGAGAUCAGAAAAUUAGAGACUUUUAAUGAGUAUUUAACCAGACUUAUAUUGUUUAUAAAGAUAUUCUGGAAAUUUAUAUUAUACAGAUUUAUAAGCAGGCACUGUUCAAAUAAAUAAAUAAAUACUGGCUUGCCAAUUGGAUUUACGUGAAACCAGCUGAUAUGAUGUUAUCUCUGCCCUCUUUAUAUAAACUACUACAAUAAAAAUAAUCAUUAUGAUUUAAAAUAAUAAGUCAGCUGUUAACAUUGGCGGGGCUCUGAAUUUCAAAUACGUGACUGCAGCCAUAUUUCAGCUUGCCACUGAUUGGCUGAUGUAACAGGGCUGUGACCUCAUCAGAGCACAAAGACCUAAGCUGUUGUGACCAUGCUACCUUUAGAAGUACCCAUUUGUAUACACCAAUGCACUAGUGACCUUAUGAAAUGCAUAGUUUCGGUGUAAUCAUAGUAAAUAUCAUUGAGGUCCUGUAGAUCACUAAAAUGUCUCUUACGCCAACAUUGUAACAGGCCAGAAAAAUAUGGUUGGCUGUAUCAGUUUACCAUCCAUAGCUUCACCCCACUUCAGUGAGUCAGUCAAAAAAAAAAUAAUAUACAAAUAAAUUAAUAAAAUAAAUAAAUAGAUAAAUAAUCACAUUGUAUCACUGAGGUCUUCAAGUCCUUUGGGACAUGUAACUGGCAUCUUAACAUGGGCAACAAUUCUGUAAACUGUCAUUCCAGAACUGAAUCUACACUAUUGCACUGAAAAGAAUGGAAUCUCUGAUGCUUUUUCCUCUUGCUGUAUCUAACCUAUUUAUACCAGAGACUGUUUGAGUUUCCAUUUACAUGGGGGAGCAGGGGGGUCGUCUGCACUUUUGCCAGAUGUUUGAGCUGUGUUUUGGUCUAACACGUUUUAGGGAAUAAUUUUGUGUUGGUAAGAUAAUAAGCAAAAAAAUAAUGAUAAUAAAAAAGACUAAGAGGGAUAAUAACUGAAAGCAUGUGGGUCUAGUCAAUCCGAAAGCCACAAGUUAACGGAUUUGCAUCAGUUUUUGUAUUUUUGUACAAAUUUGUAAAUAUGACCUUUUUAAAAAUCACUGCAAAAAUGUUCUUUUGUAAAAUGUUUUCAAAGUUUACAUUUAUUCCAAGCCUUUGUAUAUUUUUGAGCUGUGCAACACUUUAAGUCUUGUAUUUAUUUUUUAGUAAACAUUGUGAAAAUUUCAUUGUAAAAUUUACUCUAAUCCGUCUGCCAGAACUUUUCCAACUGUGCAUAGAAAGGGACAAUAAAUGUUACUGCGUUGAAAAUCUGUA